CGCACUUAUAUUGUUUGUUAUACAAUAGUUUUCAAAUUUUAUUUAAAUGAUAUGGACAGCCCAAAUACCGAAGGCAUCACUCAAGCAAGACCGGUUUAUCUCUCAAGUGCGUUCAACAUGGAAGAUGUCCCAAAGUUAGGGAGGCGACCUGGCGAUGCAAUAUCAAGAGAAGAGCAGGAGAAGAACAUGGAGGCCGCAUUCGGUAAAAUUCUUGACAGUAUAGGAGAGGAUCAAUCUCGCCAGGGUCUAUUAAAAACGCCCUCUCGGGCAGCGAAGGCAAUUUUGUAUUUUACGAAGGGAUACGAGGAGACAAUUUCUGAUGUUCUUAACGAUGCGGUAUUUGAUGAAAAUCAUGAUGAACUUGUCAUAGUGAAGGAUAUCGAUAUGUUCUCCUUGUGUGAACAUCAUUUAGUGCCAUUCAUGGGAAAGGUUCAUAUUGGCUAUAUACCCAACAAAAGAGUAGUGGGGCUUAGUAAACUUGCUAGGAUUGUGGAAAUUUUCAGUCGUCGUUUGCAAGUUCAAGAACGUUUAACAAAACAGAUUGCCAUGGCUUUAACUGAAGCUGUCAAUCCAGCUGGUGUGGGGGUGGUCAUUGAAGCCACACACAUGUGUAUGGUUAUGCGAGGGGUACAGAAGCCAAGUAGCAAGACUGUGACCAGUUGCAUGGUGGGAGUACUGCGAGAGGAUCCUCGAUCACGUGACGAGUUCUUGACCCUAAUUAGAAAAAGCAACAUAUAACUUGUUAUUCAUUUGUUGUUGAAGUAUGGAUUUUAUUUAAUAACUACCGUAUUUCUAUAAAUAAGCACCCGCGCUUUAAUGAACUCCCUCUGCCUGAUAAGCACCCAUAUCCAAGGCCACAAUUUCAAACAAACACUCACUAAUAAGGGACCCCCCCUUCCUCCCUUACUUACAUAAUGGUUGGGAAGUAAGGAAAACCUGUUGUUGUUGCCACUUGAUUUAUAUCUUUUAACUGAUUAGGCUGCAACUUUAGAAUUAGUAAAAGAGUGUAGUUUCUUUUUCUGUGAAAGUCAGUUCAAGUUAUUCUUAGCUCUAUAUGAUUGCUGCGUUCCUUUAGGAAGGUAAUCUUUUCUUUUAAUUUUUUGUCUUUUUGCUGCACUCACUCUGUAAGUGCCCCCACUCAAUUAAAUGCCCUCCUUCCAAGAAGGGCCCCUUCUUUAAGCCAAAGUUUUAUUUAAGUGCUGUGCGCUUGUCUAAGGAAAUACAGAAUUUUCUUGUUCUCUGUUCUCUAAUAAUUACUGAUCAAAUCUUUUGCAAACACUGCCAAAUGGGAAAAUAAUGGACAUUCUUAUAAUUUGUCAUAAUUGCAGUUUAUUGCACCCAUAUAUAUGCGAAUAUUCAAGAUAACGCUGCCAGAAUAUAAUAUAAUUUUUACGUGUUAGAAUUGCUUAUUUAUGUUUGUAAUAUUUGAGUAAGAAUUAUGGAUGGAAUUAUUCGAGAUAAUUUUUUAAAGGAAGACCUAUUCAGUAUUUAACUUAAGUGGUAUACAGUAUUCUGAAUGGAAUUAUGCCAGAUAAUUUUUUAAAGGAAGACCUUUUCAGUAUUUAACUUAAGUGGUAUACAGUAUUCUGAAUGGAAUUAUGCCAGAUAAUUUUUUAAAGGAAGACGCAUUUCGUAUUUAACUUAAGUGGUAUACAGUAUUUAUCAAAUUUUGAGGAAAUCCAAGCUAUAGCUGUAUGUCUUGGAAAAAAAACAGUGACAAUAAGUGGUUUUUGUUUGAAUGCACAUAUUUGUUUAAUUGAGCUGUUGGAAAGUGAACUUUGUCAAUAUUUACCCUUUAGACCUCGUUCUUUUUAUGCAUUUUUAUGGACCUCGACUUCGUCUCGGUUCAUUAAAAACGCAUAAAAAAAAAAAAAAUAUCCAGCCAUUCUGACCUAACGCUUGGUCAUUAACGCAUAUUUGUUUAUUCGCCACCACAUGAUCUUACAUCGCUGAAAGUAAGUCUCUAACCCUGUUUAAAAAGCGUGUCUCUGUUAAUACUAGUACCUGAGAGUUCCCGACGAUAAUUAUUCUGGCCAGCUUGAAUACAUCCAUCGUGGUGAAACGACUAAGAAAAAUUAAAACUGUU